AUGAAGCCCGUUGGUCGGGGUCGAGCCGAGCCCGUGGGGCAGGAGGUGACCUACUUGCAGCAGGAGUUGCAUAAUAGUGAAUAUAUAUAUAUAUAUAUAUAUACACACAAAAAGACUGAAGGUUCCACCAAUGCUCAGUUUGGUUUUAUAGAAGAAGUUGUCCUUGUCCAGCCGCCGCCGAUCGGCGCCGAGCCUUGGUUUUCUUUUUUACCCACAUUUUCUUUUCCCUUCCAGAGUCGCCUCCCGGGCAUCAAGGUGAAAUACCUGCUGGUGGUGUGGCUGGGCAUCUUCGUGGGCAGCUGGGUGGCCUACAUGCAUUAUUCCUCCUACUCCGAGCUCUGCCGUGGCCACAUCUGCCGGAUGAUAAUCUGUGACCAGUACAAGAAAGGAAUCAUUUCUGGCUCCACGUGCAAAGACCUGUGUGAGGAGCGCAGCCUCCUCUUCCAGCACUGCCUCUCCUCCUCUCCCACCCAGCAGGUUUACACUGGGCUCUGGAGGGAGAGGGAGGUGAUCAUCAAAUGCGGCAUCGAAGAAGCCUUGAAGGCAGACAGCCACCCAGACUCCGUGCCCAGGAGGGACGUGGUCCUCUUCGACAAACCCACCCGAGGGACGUCGAUGGACGAGUUCAAAGAAAUGCUCCUCAACUUCCUGAAGUCCAACCUGGGGGAUCAGCCUUCUCUUGCAGCCCUGGUGGGCCGGAUCAUCUCCAUGGCAGAUGUGAACCGGGAUGGGAAGGUGUCUUUAGCAGAGGCCAAGUCCGUCUGGGCGCUUCUUCAGCUCAAUGAGUUUCUUCUCAUGCUCUCCUUGCACGAGAAGGAGCACACUUCCAAACUGCUGGGGCACUGCGGGGACCUCUUUGUCACGGAGAAGAUCCCCCACACCUCCCUCUACGGCGUGGAUGUCCCCCCUUUCCUCCAGUCUCUGCUGCCUUCGGUCGUCCACCAAAUCAUCCACCAGUGGUUUGCACCAGCCUGGCCCCGGCGGGCAAAGAUUGCCAUCGGCCUCCUGGAGUUCGUGGAGGAGAUAUUCCAUGGGACCUACGGGAACUUCUACAUCUGCGAGACCGGCUUCAAAAACGUGGGCUACAACGACAAAUACGACUUCAAGAUGGUCAACCUGCGGAAGGUGGCGACGGAGAUGACAAUCCGAGGGUUCCUCAAGGGCCGUCACUGUGAGCAGAACGUGGACUGCACCUACGGGCAGGACUGCACGGCCACCUGCGACAAGCUCCUCAAGCAAUGCAAGAGCGAGGUGGUGCAGCCCAACCUGGCCAAGGUCUGCGGGUUGCUGCAGGACUACCUGCUCUACGGGGCGCCGCUGGAGCUGAAAGAGGACCUGCAGAAACAGCUCCGAACUUGCAUGACCCUCAGCGGCUUGGCCAGCCAGAUGGAAGUCCACCACUCCCUCGUGCUCAACAACCUCAAGACCUUGCUCUGGAAGAAGAUCUCAAACACCAAAUAUUCCUAACGGGGAGGGGAGGGGUGGGGGGUGGGAAGCACAGCCCGGGAGUUCAGCAUCCUCACUCUUGGAGUCAAUCCAAGGGCUGAAGGCCUGUUUCUUCCAUCUUUUCCCUUCCCACCAGGAAAAAUACACCCUGCCCGGGGAGCUGAGCGCAUCCGCGGCCCCUUCUCCUUCAUGGAAACCCAAGCUUCAUGACUUCCACCACCCAGCAGGACCAUGGCUAGUUGGGAAGAGCGUGCUGCGGAGCUGGGAUACCGGGAUGGAUGAGCAGGAGUGGGGGGAAGGAAGAUGACACGGGGAGCAAGAAGGAAGGGGAGCCCAGCUGGACACAUCCAACUCCUCCUCCAUGGCCAGGAGAGCAGCAGAGAGACGGGAAUGAAUCAUUCAUGCUGUACUUGUCACAUCCUCUUUUGAUGAACGGCUCUGAUGUAAAUAAAUAGCUUUUACGUGAAUCACACCCGUACAUCGAUAGCGAAAUGGCAGCCUUUAAAGUACCAGCUUGCUUGUGAGCUCAAAAAGGAGAAAAAAACAAAAAAAAAAGGUAGAUUUUCCCUAUUCAGAAGUCUCUCCUUCAGCGUCUGAGUCACCCGCCCUCAGAUCCAGCUGUAACUUAGGAAGGAGAAAAGCAGAGAAUCCUGGUGGUUCUGUCAUUCCCCCUUUUUUUAAGUGCCUGACCCCCCCGACAGCGGAGCCACCGUUCCCUCUCACCUGGAAGCACCCAAGGCCAAGGAUAAUUUAAAGGAAAAGGGCUAAACGUGAACAAUUCCGAGGGGUUACCGCGUGUGCUGCCUGCAGCGGGGAUAAAGCCAACUUUUUGGGUUAAUUCUCCUAAAAACUAAGCUGGGUUUGCGCCACAGAGGUUGGAGAUUUAACACCAGAAUAACCCAGCGCUUCUCCCGUUACUGAAAUGAAUUUCCAGGCAAGUUUUCUGCAGUGCUUCAAGACGUUUGUUUGGCUGUGUAAAUAAGACCAGGCCUGUUUCCUUGGAGUUCACACUUACAACAACCUUUUUUAAAACUCUGGGUGGGGAGGAAGAGUGUGUGUCAGCCACCCCGAGCUUGCCCUGUUCCUGGCACAGUCCUAUUCCUGCUGAUGGACCACCAGUGCUUUUGCCAACCAUCCCUCAGUGGAGUGUGUGUGUCACAAGGACAAUCACGGAGAAAAACCCCACACCUGGGAGCACCUACAGCCCGUGAAGGUGAUGGGGUAGCACCAUGGCCACGAAUUUAUGGGCCCUCUGGAGCAGAGAUAUCAGCAUUUCCUCCUAUUAAUUUAUAGGAUCAUUGUUCCCUCUCUCUGGGGACAGUUUGGUGUCACCACUGCUCUACAUCCAGCUCCCGCUGAGAAGUUGGGCUUCCCAGUAUAAUUCCCUGGUGGGAAGGUGGAGUCUUGGUGAGGUUUGUGUGUUUGAAGGGUGAGGAGUUCCUCAGCCCCUCAGAGCCACCCUUCAUCGGGUCCUAAAACCACAGAGCUGGGCCAAGGCCCCACACUGGUGUGAACUGGUGCGUACUGGUGUGUACUGGUGCAGGUUCCCCUGCAUGGGAGCUGUCAGGAGGGUGAAGGGGAGGACUGGAACUGGGAAAAAAAACCCAUGUGGCUGCUCUGGCUCCUCCUCUCUUGUCCUGCAUCCCCAUGGCAACCAGCGCCACCCACUAAUUAAUUUUCUUCUGCUAUUAGAGAAAGGAACCCAACGACGGUGCCAAACCCUCUCCUCAGGUUCUCAGGAAAGCCAUUUUUCACCCUCCCCCCCCUCUCUCUCUCUCUCUUUGUAAUUUAUUAGUACAUUUUGCCCAGGUAAGCAUCAUUCCCACCACACUUACUCCCCGCUGCUCCCCAAGCAGCGUUAGGUAACGCAGCGGGUCAGCACCUAAAAAAGAGGAAAAGCCCAUUUCUUGCUUAUCUGCAUAAAUAUCAGAACCUCUGUACGCAUUUACGAUGAAGUUCAAGGAGAGACACCCCCUGUACUUAAAAAAAACCCCCUAGCCAAAACAGCUUUAUUAUUCAAAUAAAGACACUUCUGACAAGAA